ACCCUGAACCGCGGGGACAAGAGAACAGACAAGAGAAGAAGAGACGUGGGGCGAAAGAGAAAAGAAGUAAGAGAAUAAAAAAAGGAGACAGAAAACAGAAAAUUAAGAAAAGCACACGAGGAAGACGCGAGGAUGUAAUGUUGGAUUGUUUCGUGUCUCUUUGUCACUUGAUCCUUUUUUUUUUUACUAUAGUCAGAGGCCUCCAUUGUGGUAAAUGCAUUGGGAGAAGCCUCGGUGUCCCCUCGGGAGGAAAUAGUGGAAGUUGGAAGCCGAUAAAAAGAGACUCCAAAAGUGAACUUGAUUAGAUAUCUCGAACUGAACUGGACCAUAAAAAGAAACUAAAAGUCAAAGGAAAACUGUGAAGUGAGAGUGAACAUAAAUGAGUGAGUGAUAACACCUGCAUUGGCGUGAGAGGUCUUUCAGAGAAUAAAACAAACGGACAGAAACAGUUAAACCAGCCUCCAGAAAAGCGAGGAGAAGGCAAGACAAGAUGACAGGAAGGCGGAAAGUGUCAGCCGAGUGGAAAAAGAGAGUGAAGAGCGAGUACACGCGGCUUAGGUCCCUCAAGAAGUUCAAAAGGGCUGACGAGAUCAAGGCGGCGUGGAACCAGAACAGGGCUCACCUCAAUGAGUUACUGGAGCAGGAAGACCAAACGAUGAUAGGGAUGGGGCCAGUGUGGGUGUGCUCUGUGGAGGCCCCCCCACACCAGGCAGUCAUGAGAAGAACCCAUGUGACCUCCUCCAGCUCCGAGCCCCUCUCUGUCCCCAUCAGGACCAUCAGUGCCGUUAAUCCCAUACCCACCAUGUACACUUGGGCCCCACUCCAGCAGAAUUUCAUGGUUGAAGACGAGACUGUCCUGCACAAUAUCCCGUACAUGGGGGAUGAAGUGCUUGACCAGGAUGGCAAAUUCAUCGAGGAGCUCAUACGUAAUUAUGAUGGAAAAGUUCACGGAGACCGAGAGACUGGAUUUAUUGAUGAUGAGAUAUUUGUGGAACUUGUCGAUACUCUUGUACAGCAGUAUCAGAAGAAAGACGAGAAGAAGGAAAAGCCUGAACGGAGAUCUAGCAUCAGGAAGGAGAACAAAACAAAGGAAAAAGAAGAUGAUGAGGAAGAGGAGGAAGAAGAGGAGGAAGAGGAGGAGGAAGAGGAAGAUCAGGAGGAAGAGGAAGAGAUUGAUGGUCAGAAAGAGGAGGAUGGAACUGACAGCUCUAGUGCUGUAGGAAAGAGGGACUUUCCAUGCUUCGCCAUUUUCCAAGCCAUUUCGGCACUAUUUCCGGACAAAGGCUCACCAGAGGAACUCAGAGAAAAGUACAUAGAGUUAACCGAUCCGACUGCCCUGCCGCCAGAGUGCACACCCAACAUUGAUGGGCCGAGUGCUGAAAGUGUACCCCAGGAACAGACGAUGCACUCCUUCCACACACUUUUCUGCCGGCGGUGCUUCAAAUACGACUGCUUCCUCCACCUGGACAGCCUACAAGCGAAGCUGGCCGAUCACAGUGACCCCAGCAGCCUUGGGACGUGGCUUGGUGCAGAGGCGUCGAUGUUCCGUGUGCUGCACAAGGUGUUUCUGAACAACUACUGUGCCAUAUCGCAAGCCAUCCUCACCAAGACAUGCCAGCAGGUGUACUAUUUUGCACAAAAAGAAGCAACAGAUUUGCCUGCUGAUGCAAGUGUCAAAGAUAACACACCACCUCGCAAGAAGAAGAAGAAGCAUCGCUUGUGGUCAAUGCACUGUAGAAAGAUUCAGCUUAAGAAGGACUCUUCAAGCAAUCAUGUAUACAAUUAUUCUCCAUGUGACCACCCAAAUCAGCCCUGCGAUCACAACUGUGGCUGCGUUAUGACGCAGAACUUCUGUGAGAAAUUCUGUAAUUGCAGUCCUGAUUGCCAAAACAGAUUUCCUGGUUGUCGGUGCAAGGCCUCAUGCAACACAAAGCAGUGUCCAUGCUUUCUAGCUGUGCGUGAGUGUGACCCAGACCUUUGUGUCACUUGUGGAGCCCAUGAAUUCUCAGUUAGUAAGAUCACCUGCAAGAAUGUAUCCGUGCAGCGGGGAUUGCACAAACACCUCCUGAUGGCUCCCUCGGAUGUAGCAGGCUGGGGCAUCUACCUCAAAGACUCUGCACAAAAGAAUGAGUUUAUAUCUGAAUACUGUGGGGAAAUAAUAUCUCAAGAUGAGGCGGACCGCCGUGGCAAAGUCUACGACAAGUAUAUGUGCUCCUUCCUUUUUAAUUUGAAUAAUGAUUUCGUGGUUGAUGCAACACGCAAGGGGAAUAAGAUCCGCUUUGCAAAUCACUCCAUUAAUCCAAACUGUUAUGCUAAAGUCAUGAUGGUUAAUGGUGACCAUCGCAUUGGCAUAUUUGCAAAAAGGCAUAUUCAAUCUGGCGAGGAACUGUUCUUUGACUACAGAUAUGGACCAACAGAACAGCUAAAAUUUGUCGGCAUUGAAAGGGAAAUGGAGUUCCUUUAAUGAUGGCCAAUAAUCUAAAUCUUUACGUACCUAAGGUGAAAAAAGAAAAUCACUGUUAUUUAAGCCAUAUCACUGUUUUGUAUGAUUUUCUUUUUCCUUUCCUGUAAACAUAGAUGGGAAGGUAUUAAUAUUGUGCUGCUAUACUGUAUAUUUCUAUUGCCUGUCGAGAUCCAAAGAGAAACCUGUAUGUAAUCGUGAAAAAUUAGGCUUUUGGACUGUGAUGGUAUUUUGACUAAUCUUUACUGAUUUCCUCAUUUUAUAUAUUUAUACAUAAGCUUGCUGAGUAUUUUGACACUUUGUUGUUGAAUGAUAGUUGAUGAAUAGGAAAAAAAAAAAAAAGUAUGAUAGUGGUUUUUAGAAUUGAUUAUUAUUUUGGAAUCCAUUAAUGAAAAGCAUGAAUUGAUGUCAUUUCAAAAACAAGAGAAAUGGAGAAUAUUUAGAAAAUUUAUGAAAAAAGGAAAAAAAAAAUAACAAUUUGAAAACAUGUAAAGGAAACUUAAGAAAAGAAGGAUAAAAAUUUAAAAGAAAUAAAAAAAAGAAGAAAUGAGAUAAAAUACUUUACGCUGUACUUAAUGAUAGAUGAAAUCAAGUAUAUUGAUUGUAUUAGAUGUGUACAUGCGUAUGGAAGUACUAUUAGUAUACUGUGCUUUUGGUAUAAGUUAUAUCCUGUUUUGUAAUCUGUAGGUUUUGGUAAGAGAAAAAGAGGAAAAUGUAAAAGGUGGAUUUAAUUAACAUUUUUCUUUUUUAACAGUACUAUGAAGGACCCUGUUUCAAGGUCUGGAUUUUGUCUUCGUUCUCUCAAUGAUAUGCUGUUGAUAUUUAUGUUUCUGUUUUAUUUAUUUACUUUUUUUUAAGCAAAUUGAUGAAAGUUAUACUUCCUUUCAGUAUACCUGUCAAGUAUAACAUGUAUAUUCUGUGCUACAGGAUAAAGGUAUUCUCAUGAAUAUGCUAUUCACAUCUGUGUUGCUGUUUGAAACUUUUUCUUUUCUUUUUUCUUUUAGACCAUUCAGAAUGUAAAUAUGCCUUUCUCUAGUGUAGCCUUCAUUUAAGGUAUGUCAGUUUUACUGGUACAGGAACCCUAAUUUAUUUUAGUUUCAGUCGAUAUUUUUUCUUUUUUCUUUUUACAGUUUUGUUAGGAUGUCAGUACAUGAAAUACAUAUAUUUACACAAGUAAGAGUGAGCUAGAUUGAAUGUGGAAGUUAUCGUGUACAAAGAUUUUUUAAAGAAGCUCUUGUAUUUUCUGAUUGUACUCAUGCAUCCAUACUUAUGCAAAUGCUUAGCUUUGUGAGGAUGCAUGUCUAUAUGCUGAUAUACAUAAUGUACAAAUAUGUGCACUAUAAAGCACAUGCUCAUAUACCUGUGUUUAUCAUUUCUUUAUUUACAUGUACAUAGAUUAAAAAAAAGAAAAAAAAAAAAGAAAAUAAAUUGACAUUUUGUAUGUACAACAAUAAAUUAUGUUAGGAAAGAAAAGAAAUUGCCACCUUAUGAUGAGUUUGUCUUAAUUUGUUAGAACUGAGAAGUUCCAUAGGACCAUAUUUAAUUUUUAAAAUUACAAAACUUGUAUCAGCUACAAAAAUAAAGCAAAAAAAUAGUUAUUUUUACAGUUAUGUAUUAGUAUAGUGCAGUUGAUGAGAAGACUGACUUAAAAAAAAAAAAAAAAAAAGUUCAUACUGAUUGAACUCUGAAAUAAAAAAAAAAAUAGCAUUGGCUAUCUAAAACAAAACAAAACAAAAAACAUUCCAGUCAGUUUCCUUCCAAUGUACAAGCCAGUAUUGCUAACAGUAGGAUUUCUUGUCUAAAAAAUUGGCAGUAUUCAUAAUUUUCUUUGCAAAUAUUUUUUUUUUUUCCUAAUCCCCCAUACCUGUUUUAAAAUAGUAAUUUCAGAUCUAGUAAAUCCAAGGGCAGCAGGUUUUUUUUUCAGCACUUCAUUCCUUUCUUGUGUAUCAUAUGUUCCAGUCUUGUUAGGGCCUGGUAUAGUAGAGUGUUACGUAGACGCUUUAUCAUUAAGGAAAUGAACUCCAGAGAAGAUCAGGGUUAAUAUCUCUUGUAUGAUAAAUUUGUUACACAUGUGAGGAGAGAAUGUAAGUUCAUGUGCAUAAUGAUCGAAAAAGCAAGAAGAAAAUGGAAUGUGUUUAAGGUUAAUAACAAUAUUUAAUUUUUUUUCCCCCCCCAAACCUACAAAGACCCCCCCCUGUAUGAUGCCAGCUCACAAACAUGGACCUGAAAGGUCACCAAACUGUAUCUGUUUCUGCUGUAGCUCCUGGGUGGCUAACGAUGUUGCCUGUGGUAGCAUGUAGACAAUUCCUUUCCAAUAGGUUUUUGGCAUUAUCAACAUGUUAUAAUAUUAAAAAGUAUUAUCUACAAAA